CCUAUGAGGGUGAAAGACAGGAGGAGGAGUGGGAGUGAGUGAGUGAGAGAAGCGUCUGGCAGCCAUCCCAGUCAAACAGUAAUGCAGAGUAAAGGGGGAGAUAGCAGUCUUUUCACUGAGCCUCAGCACAGGAUACAGCACUGCGGCCCGGGAGCCCUCCCUUUGUGAGCCAGUGGGCGUGUGAUCUCACCGCUGAGAGGAGGGGCCCCCUUUCCCCUGUCUGGCCAAUCCUUGAGCUCGGUGACUAGGUCACGUGAGAAUCCCUCUUUCGGGUUGCCAUGACAAUGUGCACUGGUCCAGACAGCAUCUUACUGUGGUGAGAAGGGAAGAGAAGAGGAGGGAGGAUAGACAGAAGGCGGGAGAGCAAGAGAACAAACCCCAGACACCUACGCUGCGCACCUAUCCUCUAAUGAGGAUGCCUGAGACGGGGAGAUAAAGACUUCACUGGAGCAGAGUGUGUGCUAGAGCCAGGGGCUGGGGCCUGACCAGAGACCCCCAGAGGCCCCCAACUGGGGGGGAGGUCCAUGGGGACCAUGGGGGACCUGGGAGGCUUCACCACCACAGGGGAGAGGGUGAACCCGGCCCACAUCCUGUUUGACCGCUUCGUCCAGGCCUCCACUUGCAAGGUCACGCUCAAGGCCUUCCAGGAGCUCUGUGACCAUCUGGAGCUCAAGCCCUGUGAGUACCGGGUCUUCUACCACAAGCUUAAGUCCCGUCUCAACUACUGGAAGGCCAAGGCACUCUGGGCUAAGCUUGACAAGCGGGCCGGCCAGAAGGAGUACAAGAAAGGACGUGCAUGUACCAACUCUAAGUGUUUGAUCAUCGGGGCAGGACCAUGUGGCCUGCGGACGGCCAUCGAGCUGGGCUUCCUGGGCGCCAAGGUGGUGCUGCUGGAGAAGAGGGAUGCCUUCUCCAGGAACAACGUGCUGCACCUGUGGCCCUUCACCAUCCAGGACCUCCGAGGCCUCGGGGCCAAAAAGUUCUAUGGAAAGUUCUGCGCCGGAGCCAUCGACCAUAUCAGUAUCCGGCAGCUCCAGCUGAUGCUGCUGAAGGUGGCCCUGCUCCUGGGCAUCGAGAUCCACGUCAACGCGGAGUUCAAGGGUCUCAUCGAGCCCCCCGAGGACCAGGAGAACGAGAGGAUAGGGUGGAGGGCUGAGGUCCUCCCCAGGACACACCCAGUCAACGAGUUGGAGUUUGAUGUCAUCAUUGGGGCAGAUGGGAGGAGAAACACGCUGGCAGGGUUCAGGAGGAAGGAGUUCCGGGGCAAGCUGGCCAUCGCCAUUACAGCCAACUUCAUCAACAGGAACACCACAGCCGAGGCCAAGGUGGAGGAGAUCAGCGGAGUGGCCUUCAUCUUCAAUCAGAAGUUUUUCCAGGACCUCCGGGAAGCCACGGGAAUUGACCUGGAAAACAUUGUCUACUACAAGGAUGACACGCACUACUUUGUCAUGACUGCCAAGAAACAGAGCCUGCUGGAGAAGGGAGUCAUUCUGCAUGAUUAUGCAGACACAGAGAUGCUGCUUUCCAGGGCUAACGUGGACCAGGCAGCUCUGCUAUCUUACGCCCGCGAGGCCGCAGACUUCUCCACCAACCACCAGCUGCCCACGCUGGACUUUGCCAUCAACCACUACGGCCAGCCCGACGUGGCCAUGUUCGACUUCACCUGCAUGUACGCCUCCGAGAACGCGGCGCUGGUACGCCAACGCAACGGGCGCCAGCUACUGGUGUCUCUGGUGGGGGACAGUCUACUGGAGCCCUUCUGGCCCAUGGGCACUGGUAUAGCCCGGGGUUUCCUGGCAGCCAUGGACUCCGGCUGGAUGGUGAAGAGCUGGGCCCAGGGGAACACAUCUCUGGACGUGCUGGCUGAGAGGGAGAGCAUAUAUCGCUUGCUGCCUCAGACAACGCCAGAGAACAUCAAUAAGAAUUUCAGUCACUACAGUGUGGACCCCACCACGCGCUACCCUAAUAUUAGCCUCCACUUCCUCAGGCCCAACCAGGUACGACACCUCAUAGACACAGGGGAUUCAAGUAGGGAAAUGCUUAUCGAAAUGGAGAAUGUAGUCAACUCGUCAACACCCAAGCUCACCAGAAAUGAAUCCAUAGCUCGCUCCAGCAAGCUGCUAAACUGGUGUCAGAGGCAGACUGAGGGCUACAGAAAAGUCAGUGUGACUGAUCUCACCAUGUCCUGGAAGAGUGGCAUGGCCCUGUGUGCCCUCAUCCACCGCUACAGACCUGACCUCAUUGACUUUGACUCCCUGGAUGAGCGGGACCAGCAGAAGAACAAUCAGCUGGGCUUUGAUGUGGCCGAGAGGGAGUUUGGCAUCUCACCUUGCAUGACGGGCAAGGAGAUGUCCCAGGUGGCGGAGCCUGACAAGCUCUCCAUGGUCAUGUACCUCAGCCAGUUCUACGAGAUGUUCAAGGACACAGUGCCCCCUGGGGCCGGAGGGGACCAGAACAUGAGCCCUGAGGAGAAGGCUGCGUUGAUCAACAGUACAAAGUCCCCCAUCUCCUUCCUCAGCAAGCUGGGCCAGAGCAUCGCGAUCUCACGGAAGCGUAACCCCAAGGACAAAAAGGAGAAGGAGGUGGAUGGUUUGGGGAAGAGGAGGAAGACCAGUCAGGCUGACCACUCUGAAGACGAAGAGGUUUUGAGGGGUAACCGUGACGACAGGCCAUCUAACAGUACUGCUCUGACAGAAAGGAAGAUGAAGGAAGAGUCAGCAGCUCUAGGGAACCACAACAAAGUCAAGUCCAUGGCCACCCAGCUCCUCGCCAAGUUUGAGGAGAACGCCCCCGCCGAAUCCAAGGGCCUCAAAAGACAGGGGGAUUCUCUGCCCAGUUUGGGUGUCGUCCUGGCGCUGCCCCCUCCCCCUGCCUCCCUGGGCCCCCCCAGGGAGCCUGUCCGCCUAGCUCCGGUCCCUGCAUGGAGACAGCCAAGAAGCGGUAGAGAGUGGUGUUCGGGCUCACGGAGCUGCCCUAAGAAAACCAUUCUGCUUUCCUCCACCUCCUCGCUCUCUCUUCACUCACAGCACUGUGAUAGAGACGGUUUGGAGGAGGAAGGGACCACACAGGACCAGACACUUCAGGCUCACCGGAAAUGGGAAUCCGUGCAGCUUGAGGAACCAGAGCCUAUUCACAUCCCUAGCAUCCAGGAGAGGUCUGCGUGGCUAGUCGCUAAGUUUAAGGGUAAACCCGAGAAACUAAAGCUUAAGAAAAAGCCCUCGCGUUUCUUUAUAGAACAGUGGCACCUGUCAGCCAGAACCCUCAGCCAGAACACACAAAGCCUCCUCUCCCCCCCUGAAGCUCUUGGACAGAGCUAUUUAAAGAUGUACACAGGGGAAGUGAGCUUAUUGGCGGAGCAGAUAGCCAAUCAGCUUCAGCCUCAAGAGGAACCUAAGCCCUUACUUGACAAGAGGGAGUUGAGUUCCCUGAGGAAGGAGUUCCCCCAGAACAUCGGGGGCAGUGACGUGUGCUUCUUCUGCCGGAAGCGUGUGUACGUGAUGGAGCGGCUGAGUGCCGAGGGCAAGUUCUUCCACCGCAGCUGCUUCAAGUGUGACUACUGCGGCACCACACUACGACUUUCGUCCUACGCCUUCGAUGUGGAGGACGGGAAGUUUUACUGCAAGCCCCACUACUGUUACCGCUCGUCUGGUCAGGCUCAGAGGAAGAGGCCGGCACCGACCCCUGCUCUGCUCAAUGCUAAGGACAACCAGGCAUCCUUGCCAGCGGCGGUCACUGUGGACUCCCCCGGGAGGGGGGCGAUGGCAUCCCCUUCCCCCACCGAGCGCCGGUCCUCAGUCCCGGAGGUGAACGGGCUGCAGGAGCCCAGCCUGGCUAAGCGUCUGCGGGGCACGCCGGAGCGCAUCGAGCUGGAGAACUACCGUCUGUCUCUGCAGCGGGAGGAGGACCUAGAGGAGGUGCCAGAGGAGACGCUGGCCGAACACAACCUAAGCAGUGUGUUGGACAAGGACGCGCACGCAGACCUGGGCUCCAGCAGCUCUGAGUCUGACAUGGAGGAGGAGGACCAGGAUGAAGAGGAGCAACAUGAGGAGGAGCAGCAGGAGCCCCCCAGCCCCUCAGACCUGGGAGGAGUACCCUGGAAGGAGGCUGUGGAGCUCCAUGCCAAGCUGAAGACUGACAGCGACACAGGGGCUGAGGGAGAGGACGGUGAGGGAGAGGACGGUGAGGGAGAGGACGGUGAGGGAGAGGACGAGACACAUGGUCACAUUGCUAGGGAUCUAGAAAUGGAGGAGGAGGAAGAUGAUGAAGAAGAGGAGGACGAUGAGGCGGAAUCGACUGAUGAGGGGGAGUACUGCCCGUGGGAGCAGGAGCUCCAGUCAGGCAUAUGGCUGGAGAAUCUCCAAGACGAAGAGGAUACCUGUAGAUUUAAAGCCAGAAACCUGCAGAUCCAGCAGGUGCUGCAGCCUGUGGAUCCGACGGGCAUUAAGAAUCUCAGACGAGUCUCCACACUGUCAGAGGGGGACAAGGAGGAGCCUCCUGCCUCUGCAUCCCAGCCAUCCACCACGCUCACCCAGUCCCCCUCCACAGCCCCCGCCCACACAUCCACUCGUCAUGAGGCUGUGCGAGUCUGGUUGGAGUCGGUGUCCGGAGAGCCCUGUGAGGAUGAUGACCCGGAAGCAGAAGUGGGCAGCCAUGAUUUUGAGCCAGGCACCGAGAUGGACCAGGAGGACAUUCCCUCUGACGCGGAGGCGGAGGCUCGUCUGCACCAGUCAGAGCUCAGUGAUGCGCUUCCUGAAGAGGACAAGAAGUCGCAGAGUCAGGGGAUCACCUAUAGCAUUGAACAACCUAGUGUCAGUCCGGUGAAGUUAGUUGCGGAAGUUGUGCUCUCGCCAGUCAAACCACCGACUCCACAGCCUGAUUUACAGAUGUCUCACACGUCUCCUUCCUACCUGGUCAAAUCACCUGGAAUGCGCUUUUUCCCAGAUCCCUUGGCAUCGGAGAACAUCACAAUACCCCAGAGGACAGUUCAGACUCCCAAUGCCAAGAGCCCCCAAUACGCUACCCAUGCCCUGUCCCCCAUUCACUCCCCUAUUCGCUCCCAGCCUAUCCCACUGCCUGAGACGGUCACCCAAAAAUCCCCUGUCAACUCUCCACCCUGCUCCUGCCCCCCGACAGGGAACCCGCUGUCUCCCAUCUGUGCCCAGCCGCUGCCCUGCCACGAGCCCUCCUCACCCCUCACCUCGGACUCUCCUGUCAGAACUCAGCCUGUCCCUGCCAUCACCUCCACUCCGCUAGCCAAACCAGCCUCCUCUGACAGGACUACCCCCGAGCCUCAAAAAUCUCUGGACCUCACAGACGAAACCCCGGUGAAGAAGACGGACAUCAUCGAGGAGUUCUGGCUGAAGAGUGCCGAGAUCAGGAAGAGCCUGGGUCUCACCCCACUGGACCGUAGCAGCAGCAGCAAAGCCCCAGAGAAGUGUCAUGUUACUGUGGGUAAGGUGCCCACUCCGGACUCCCCCUCGACCAAGUCCUAUACCCCAGAGGAUCUCUCAGAGGAGCUUAGGCCUUCCCCUUCUCCCUUCACCGGUCGCUCGGUCAUUCGCAGGCUGAACAUUACGGUGGAGGGCCAGGUCAUCCCUGCGGAGUCCAAGAGCAUUGGCUCAGAACGGAGGGACCUCAGCAGCAGCUCCGGCCUAGGCCUCAACGGCAGCAUGGCCACCAACCAGACCAGCCAGGCGGCCAGUGACAGCUACCACACUUCCGACUCCACCAUGCUCACCCCACCAUCCAGCCCCCCGCCGCCCCCGCCCAACGAGGAGCCAGCUACUCUCAAGCAGCAGCAGAAGCACCAGGUGUCCUGGGACAAUGGGAUCGAUGGCCCCACUACACCUGAGCCAGCCAAGAAGCCAGCCAAGGUGGCACCCACCAAGACCAACAGCCCUGUGCCUGCACCAAGGACCCAACUCAGCCCUGUGUCUAUGCCAGUAUCUGCGCCCAAGCCUGCCCCCAGGACUACACCGGUCACCUCGCCAGUCACCUCGCCGGUCACAGCUCCGGUCACUCCGUUGGUGGUCAUGAGACGGGAGAAGAGCAGCAAACCACGUCGGGAGGAGGUGAGGAAGUCAUUCGUGGAGUGUGUGGCGGAGAUCCCGUUUGCGGACGAUGUGGAGGACACGUACGACGAGCGGACGCCGGACACAACCAUGGACAGGUUCUACACUCCGCCCAGCAGCAAGCCCAACAGGGAGAGGGAGAAGCGUCCCCUGCACCUGGCCCUGGCCAUGGAAAACGGAAAGCCCAUUUUUCCUGUGAACCAGCAGGCCUCGAAGAGCCAGAAGGCCCAGCAGUUCUCCCCUGAGGCCAAGGAAAUAGCAGAGGAACGGAUGAGAGCCAGAGAGAAGUCCAUCAAGAGCCAAGCUCUGAAGGAAGCCAUGGCCAAGCAGCUCAACAAGAUGAAAGAGACAGACGCUGCCAAGGGCGCCGCCGCCACGGCUAAAGUGGUGUGGAACGUGGCCUCAUCAGAGACUUCAGGGAAAAGUACUAAGAAGUCAUCCAGUUCUCCAAAGACGUAUGCAGUGAAAUCUCUUGAGGCAAAGAAGGCUGAGACUCUAUCAGAGCGUUUCUUUAGCAGUCAGGGUAACAAGAGUCUGGACAGCUCGACCGUCUCCUCCGACGGCUCCGCCUCGGGGGGCAAGAGCAAGAAGCGUGGCUCGCUUUUCUCACCUCGCAAGAACAAGAAGGAGAAGAAAGCCAAGAAUGAAAGCCAGCUCUCGGUCAAGCACGGCACAGACGAGACGCCGUCGCCGCCCAAACACAAGUCCCUGUGGAAGGCUGUGUUCUCGGGGUACAAGAAAGACAAGAAGAAGAAUAAGGACGACAAGUCAUGUCCCAGCACGCCAUCCAGCUCCAACACCAACGACUCUGGGAAGAAGCGAUUGUCGCCUCUCGGCAGGUCGUCAGAUUUGAAGUCGCGCAGAAACCUGAGCUUCUCUGAGGACUCGGAUCUGUCAUGUGAUGAUGUGCUGGAGAGGUCUUCUCAGAAGUCUAGGACAGACCGGCAUACGGACAUCUUUGACCUAGUGUCAGGCAUUCAGAAGGAAACGACAAAGGAGGAAAAAGCGGGGGAGAGAAAAGGGCAGAAAAUAAGGGAGAGGGGAAAAGAAAGAGGUCGGGACCUUGAUCGAAUCAUAGAAAAAGAGGAAGAGGAGUCUGUUUAUGUCCCUCACGCAUUGGCGUUCAAGAGAGCGUACGCCACCAAGAAAACCUACACAGAGGAGGAGCUCAAUGCCAAGCUGACACGUAGGGUACAGAAAGCUGCCCGGCGACAGGCCAAGCAGGAGGAGCUGAAGAGACUGCACAGAGCCCAGACCAUCCAGAGGCAGCUGGAGCAGGUGGAGGAGAAACAGAGACAGCUGGAGGAGAGGGGUGUGGCUGUGGAGAAAGCCCUGCGAGGGGAAGCAGGAUUGUAUAAAGGGACUUAUUGUACUAUACCAAAACAACACAAAAGACGAUCAGACUAUUGGGGAGAGUCUAAUUACAGUGAAAUCCUGGACUUGCAUCUGGGCGGGAUGGGGAAAAAGGACGACCCCAAGCUCAUGCAGGAGUGGUUCAAACUGGUGCAGGAGAAAAACGCCCUGGUGCGAUACGAAUCUGAGCUGAUGAUAUUUGCACGAGAACUGGAGCUGGAGGAUCGUCAGAGUCGACUGCAGCAGGACCUGAGGGAGCGCAUGGCAAUUGAAGACCACCUGAAGACGGAGGUGGAGCUGGCGCAGGAGAAGCACAUCCUGAAUGAGAUGCUGGAGGUGGUGGAGCAGAGAGACUCCCUGGUAGCCCUCCUGGAGGAGCAGAGGCUCAGGGAGAAGGAGGAGGAUAAGGACCUGGAGUCUGUCAUGCUCUCGAAGGGUUUCAACCUCAACUGGGCCUGACACUAGAGGCACCAUCCACCCACACUCAGAUAAUACACUACCCCUCCCCUGUGUCAGGGCUCAGUGAAGACCUAAAUCACGGUUCCAUGCGUACAGAACGGAGUUGUCCUUUCACGGCCCUUCUGUUGGCGAAUGUGCGCAGAGUUGUCCUAUCAUGGCUCCGCUGUUGGAGCAGUCUAAAAUGUUUACAUAUCUACUCUGCCACCAGGCAGGCAUCAUUACCUAGUGAUAUCUCACCUCACGGUGGGAGGAGCAACUACAGCCUGGACUUUCUCAAAACCUCAGAAGGUCUUUCGACGUGAUUCUCCAGAACGGGGAACUUACCUCCUCUAGGAAGAAUGUUUUUAUUUUUUAUUUCUUUUAAUCUCGAUCACACAAAGGGAAGAAAGAGGUUUGGUCCUGCUGAUGUAAAGGAAUUCAAUAUAUGAUACCGGUUUCUGUAUAUUGAAUGUGCAUAACACAACACAUUAAAGAAGCUGUGGUUUUAGAUGAAGGUAGGCCCUUUAUCUAUCGAUUAUUAGAGUUUCUGUAGAAAGGGGAGGAGUGGACCGAAGCCUCUGGUCUCUCUCAUCCUAACCUCAUGACAUCCUCUGCCAUUGUGAAUGCUGACUGAGGGAGGGACAUCCGCUGCAUAAGCUGGCUUUCUCUCCAAUUACACAGUGGCUUCCAUGUUCUGAGGAGCCAAUGAGGAUCACACUCUAAAAGGCACGUCAUUUUUUUGCACAGAGAUUCACACUAAGAGUCAACGUUAAGGAUCAUUGGAAUCUGGUCACUUAGUCGUUUUCAAUUGUGUAUUUAUUAGCGUUGUUUUUACAAAGAACCUGAAUUAACUGUUUUUGGUAUUUUCGUUCAUGGAAGAGAGUGCCUGAACUGGUGGCUCAACAGAAUGCACUUGUGCUCUCUUUAUGACAUUGACAGCAAGGAAACUAACUAAACUCCAUCACCCAGAAGCCAGUGCGUGUCAGGACUGUAUGCUGCUGCAGACUCAUAUAGAAGCAUAUCAUGUGUUAAAGUGCACGUUUUGUCAUUGCAGCUGACUUUAAAGGCGAGUCAGGACUGACUGAUCUACAAAUCACCUUGCAUCAUAAAUAACUACUCAAUAUUAUUUGUAGCUCAGUCAGUCACUAUUUACCCAUGAUACAUCACGGUUUUGAUGCUCUAACCUGUAGCAUAGAUUAAUUGACACAUGCACACUUCAGCAAGCGACCCACUUGACACAUCUCUUAGGCUCCUAGUUCUGAGUGAUAAUGUGUCCUUCUCCAUACGAUGCCUUUCCCUGUAUAUCACAUAAAAAUGUCAGUUUAUAUAAUCAGUUGCCCUUAUUCAAUACUAAUUGGCAUAUACUGUACCGUGAAAUAUCCUCAGUGUAGAUGAAAUGUUAAAAAGAGAAAGCAGUCGAGUUAGUUUGAUCUCAGAAGAGGCCGUGUCUUAUUGGACUUACACAGUAUAUCAGUGCAUCGUGUUAUCAUCAUAAUACCAGAAGUGAACUGACACGUCACUAACUGGUGUCACAGUACAGUUGUGUCAGUGAAUAUUUUGCAAUAUCAAAGGGGAUAAACCACAGAACUCAAACACAGCCUCUGGCUUCGCUAUCCCUGGGGCUGAGGUAUAUGACCUGCUUUGGAGCUAAAUGCCUUUUUCAUUUGUUUUAAUAUUUUACAGUUUUCUUUUGAGUUUCAAACUUGUAUGUAUCCUACCAGGGUACAUUUUAACUUUUUUGUUAAUCCUUUUUAUACAACUACAGGUCGCCAAACAGCAGUCAUGAGUAGAAGUGGAGACACGAGGCUGCUCUACUGCUCGAAGUAAACCGCUUCUAUUCAGUCACAGGAGCAUGUACAUUCGUUUGUCAUACGAACCUACUGGCCUUUCUGCCAAACUGUAAACCUUUGGUUGGUCACCGUUUUUGUUGUUGUUGCUGUAUAGAGUUACACACCGUGAGAAUAUGUGUAAGAAUUAAACGGAGCUGUGAAUAGAUAAAAAAAAGUUACAACAUUUCAAGGCUUGGUGUUUUAGAUGGUGUGUGAUACGUUUGACAGAUUGUAUUGAUAUUUAUUAACAUGUGUGCAAAAAUGUAUCAUAUGUAAAGAAAAAUGAAUCCUAAUUUUUAAAACACAUGGCAGAUAUGUAAAUGCUUAUUCAUGUAGCGGAAAUGCAUAGAGUGUUGGAUGUAUGCUGAAACGGCAAUAAAACCAUGCAGUUAUUUUAAAAAGUA